AUGGGAAGCUACCGCUUCCUCGUCCAGAAGUUGUCUGGAUUCUUCAUGGGCUACGAAUUCCUCCACGUCCCACGCGUGGAAAACGAGGCGGCUGACACGCUCGCCAAGAUCGCCUUGUGGCAGUCCAUCCCGUUUGGCGUCUCACUCGAGCACCUGCACAAGCCGUCCGUCAAGCCGUCCCUGGACUCCGAGUCCAUCUACGUCCCGGACGACCCGGCCGUGCCUCAACCCGGCUCUGGGACUGCCGAUCCCAGCUCGGAGGCUGCCGAACCCGGCCCGGGGGCUGCCGGACCCGGCCCGGGGACUGUAGAACCCGGCCCGAGGGCUGCAGCCGCCGACCCGGCCGCCGUCAUCCCCGACCCGGACGCCGCCGUCCUUAACCCGGGGGCUGCCGACCCCCGCUCGGGGGCCGCCGCCCCGGAACCCGCCAUGGUGGCCGUCUUCGCCGUGGUGACGGCACCAUCGUGGGCCCUGCCCAUCUCAGAGUUCCUCAAAAACGGGGUUCUCCCCAUGGACGAGACCAAGGCCUGGUAA